AUGUGGAAAGCGGUGGCACUGGCUGUGUGUCUGCUGGUGGCCGGGGUUCAGCCCAUGGACGACCCAGCUUAUGGGGUGAAACUAUGUGGCCGAGAGUUUAUCCGGGCAGUCAUCUUCACCUGCGGAGGCUCCCGAUGGAGACGUUCACUGAGGAGCGCAGAUGUUUCUGAGGACCCAUUCAGCUCCCGCCAGGAGGAGUCCUCGGAUAGUUUCAGUCACAAUCCUGCCGUGGAGAGUUUCCUCCAGAGGAACAGAGACCUAAGCUUCACAGUCAGAGACAACCACGAGGGAGUGUUUAGCAGGCCGGCCCGUUCUUUCAUCAAUGAGGAAAUCCUGGAAGCCCUACGCAACGCUGACCGCAAGGGCCGGGACGUGGUGGUCGGCCUGUCCAAUGCCUGCUGCAAAUGGGGCUGCAGCAAGAGUGAGAUCAGCUCCCUUUGUUAAGAGUCCGCCUAUACGCCACCUUAGUGAACACAGUGUAUACAUAAGUACACAAACAGACACACAAAUACACACACACUUUUUCUCUCUCUUGUGUCUUCAGUUAAACUGUUAUAAGUUUUUAGUAUCUAUGAAAUGUUGUUUGUAACAAACACCCUUAUUUUUUCAGUCUUGACCAUGCUGUUUUGUCUUUCCCAACCACUAUCAAACACAUUGCUAUUAACUUCUUCUCAUCUUCGUCUGAGAGUCCGAGAGAAAGAAAUGUCAUUUUGUUGUCAUUAAUAUGUA